AUGUACAUCGACGAAAUUAAUACAAAAAAUCUACAGAACUUUCCGACAUUAUUAGGAGUUAAACAAGAGGGAAUUGAUGUUUCUCCAGAAAACUAUACUACCAUUUCCAAGUACUUAGUUUCCUGCGGGAAUGAACUCCAGGAAAGAUUUAAUGAUUUGCGAAAAAUCAGAAAAUGUUUGUUAUUAGUGGAAAAUCCCUGGCGCUUAGAAAUAGGCACUACUACACACCUUGGGGCAUUGGGAUUUAAUAGCGACACGUUGUCAGAUGAGCUGAUUGACUUUAAAAAUGAUACAAACCUUGAGUUUGCUUGCUCCUCACGUUGUUUGCUUCAACCUCCCUGUGCGAAUCAUCAUAUUCAAACCUGA